UCUUCACUUCUCUCUUCCUUUCCUUCCUUUUCUGUAAACGUCAUCAGGCCGUGGUGAGAAUGGAGGCACAUUUUGGCCUCGGUCUCUGCCUCUGCCUCGUUUUCUUCCAGAUGUGGGAUUUAUCAGCUUCUCAGUGGUCAAUUAAUAAUGGGACAGAUCCAAACAGCACAGCUGCAGCGCAUUUCACUGCUGGAGAGAAGCCAGUGACCAUCACAGCUGUGGUCAAUCAAUCACGAUCAUCAGAACUCAUAACGAGCACUGGACGCCUGACGACUGCUGGACCAGCAUCCAUCAAAACCCAGCCUGCAGUUCCUGCGACAGGUGUUUCCACAAGCAGCCCAGCCAACAACCCCACCGGCCACCGCUUCCAUGCGGGUAGCUUUGUGGGUGGUAUGAUGUUGGCCCUUGUUGUAACACUGGCCACCUUUCUGGCCUACAAAUUGACCUGUUCUCACCGGACCGUGAGCUACAGAGCACUUGGAGAACAUGAUGCCGUCAUAUAACAGUGGAACUGCCGGGGAGCUUGGCUGCAGUUCUGAAAACGUGUUUAUAGUGUGAAAGAUCACUGAGGUUGUAUUGUUCUGCUAUAUGUUCCAGAGUCUGGUACUAAUUAAUAGCAUUUGCAGAAAAGCUUUGUUUGGGUUCUUCUGGACUUUAGGUAUUUUUUCUGUAUGUGAUGUUUUGUCUGUAUGUGCAAUAGCUGGGGGAAUUCCACAUCCAUGUGGUUUAUUACUGAUACUGUGCUGUUCAGCUGCCUUGCCUGAAAUGGUCCAUUUCAUGUAAAAUGAUGGAGGGUGAGCGGUACUCUGCUUUCAUUCAUAGCAUCUGUUGCUUGCUUUACAGGUACGCUGGCAAAAAUCCCAUUCAGUCUAAUGAGAAACUGCUGCACACAACAAAUUAUAAUGUUAGAUAGAUAGAUAGAUAGACAGACAGACAGACAGACAGACAGACACUUUAUUGAUCCCGAAGGACAUUUAGGCAUGUUAAAGUGAGCUGUUAAGUUCAAAUGACGUUUAUUUUCAGUGUGAGUGAACGAUCACUAGGGCCGUAUUACAGAUACUUCUUCAGUCUGAAAUCUUAUCUGGGUUGAUAAGGAGCAUUUGAGCAAAAUCAUCAUUUGAACGUAAAAGAAAACAAUCAUUUCCUGAGCUCAGGACAGCAUCAAACAUUUUAACACCGCUGUUAUAUUUUUAAGAGCUUUUAAACUCGUGUUAUAGGAGGUUUUAACGGCGCCUCAUGUAGGUUCAUGACGUCAGUGAGUGCCAACAGCCAAUGAGCUGCUUCGCUCGCCAAUCAAUCAGCACUCAGUAGCAGUAAUGUUAGCGCCCUGCUGCCCAAAACCCGUUUGCUGUAGAAAAAGGGAAGCAUACAGGUGGGUUUUCAGAGAUGAAACACAUCCCUCUACUUUCUACAAUUAAUGGAAAGUUCUGGGCGAGUGAUUAGAAACUAUUUUAGCCUUUCAUUUUUAGGCGUUGAGCUUUUUACUCCCAUUUAUUGAAGACUUGCUCACGGGCGCCCUCUGCUGAUUAGCAGUCCUGUUUUUGAAAUAACAGCGCGUAUAAGAAGCAGCCAGGCUCCUCAUAAACUGGCUCUGGGCAAAUUCAUUCAUGUCACCAUCGCAACUCACACUGCAAGACAGUCGGUUCAAGAUUUCGUAUGACUGCAGAACGCUAGAGGGCGCCAAUGAGCCAGUCCUCAGUGAAUGGGGGUGAACGGAUUACUGAUAGCAUUACUGACACUGAGUGCUGAUUAGUUGGCAUCACUGGUACUGAUUUGUUAGUAUUUGUGCUACUGAGUGCUGAUUGGUUGGCAUUACUGGUACUGAGUGCUGAUUAGUUAGCGUAAUUACUACUGAGUGCUGAUUGUUUAGCGUAAUUACUACUGAGUGCUGAUUGUUUAGCAUAAUUACUACUGAGUGCUGAUUUGUUGGUAAUAUCGCUACUGAGUGGAGCAAGAACUGUUUAAGUUGAACCUGCUUUAUGAGACAGACCCCAGGUUUCAAUUUCUUAGGGUUUUGAAAUGAUAUUUCAAUGCAAAGGUUUAUGUGCAAAGUAGAGAUGGUACGAUACAAAUAAUCAUAUCAAUGCCAGUGUCGAUGCUGCUGUUGGAACUGUUUCAUUCAAUGUUUCAUUAAAAGCUGCUAAAAAUGA